CGAUAACCAUUCCGACUGGUCACGUACGAACUAGUGUCUUCUGGACCCUUUCCAUGAACAGGUGUGCUUGCGAUGCUGUCAGGUGCGAUCGACAAUUAAGAGCCAAUCAUGGUUGCACGGCUGCAGUCCAUCUCCAUGAUGGAGAUCUCUAGUGGGAGGGAAAUUUUGAUGUUCGCUUCGCUUAUGCUUGUCAUGCAGGAACGCUAUCCGGUUCUGGAUGAGAAGUAGGAUCGUUUGGCUGGGCGGAUGGACGUGCAGAUGUCCUCGGUUAGAUCGAGGUUUAUAUUAGGUACAAGCUAUGUCUGCCUUUUCUUGGUAUGGUCAAGAGGGGUGUAUAAAGUCGGCCGCAUAGCCACUUUAAUAUACUUGGCUUGUGUGCUCCGGAGGAUCUUCUAGGACUGUGACUGUUCUAGCUCGUGAUGAAGCAGGCAGUUCUUUUUGCGGCCCUGGCGCCUUUGGCGUCGCUGCCGGUGGUUCAGGCUGGAGCUACAGAAACCUGGAUCAGCACUAUUUGGAACGAUUUCAAGGAAGCUGUGGACUGUGGCAGUUGCCAGGUCCUCUUGGGUGGUCUCAAGCUUGUGGCCGAAUUUGGUGAAGGCUUCAUGGGGGAUGUAUUGACCGGUGUCUGUGAUAUUAGCGGUGCAGAGGAUCGAGAUGUCUGCGCCGGGGUCAUCGCCAGUGAGGUACCUGCCUUGCAUUACGCGAUCAAGAACAUGCAUGUGGGCUCGCACACGGCCAAGACUCUCUGCUCUGCGCUGGUCGGUCUUUGUGACUUUCCAGAUGUCCGUCCAUUCGACUUGGCUUUCCCCUCGCCCAAGCCCGCACACAAUCGCCCACCACCGAGCGGUAAACCUCCCAUCAAGGUGGUUCACUUCAGCGAUACCCACGUCGAUCUAUCCUACGAGAUCGGCUCCAACUAUGACUGCUCAAAGCCUAUCUGCUGCCGUGUAUACAGUGACAAAGAUGCCCCGGGAACUACGGACAAGCCAUGCGGACCAUUCGGCAACACUAAAUGUGAUCCUCCUCACCAACUCCAAGAAAGCAUGAUGACUGCCAUCGCAGAGCUCAACCCGGCCUUUUCAAUCUACACCGGUGACGUCGUUGCCCACGAUGUCUGGCUCGUGACCAAAGAAGAAGUCCUGCAAGACCUCAACGCCACCUACGGCGCGAUGGAGAACCAUCUCGGCCUCGUGUACGCUGCUCUGGGUAACCACGACGCCGCACCACUCAAUCUCUUCCCCUCCCGCAAAGUCCCCAGCAAAUAUAACCCCCAAUGGGCCUACGACGCCCUCACAGCCGACUGGAUGGCCCUCACAGGGAUUGAUAGCGUCCAAAAUGCAAACGAAUACGGCUCCUACUCUGCCAUCCACCCAAACAGCAAACUCCGCAUCAUCUCCUACAACAGCAUCUUCUACUACAAAUACAACUUCUUCUCCUACACCGAACCAAUGGAAUACGACCCCGACGGUCAACUCACCUGGCUAAUCAAAGAACUCCAAUCCGCCGAAACCGCCGGCCAACGUGUCUGGCUAAUCUCGCACAUCCCAUCGGGAGAUGUAGACCAUUUCCGCGACCACUCGCACUACUUUGAUCAGAUUAUCCAGCGAUACGAAGCAACAAUCGCAGGCCUAUUCUUCGGACACACGCACACGGACGAAUUCCAAAUCUCAUACUCGGACUACAAAAAUCGAAACUGGAACACCGCCACGGCAAUGGGCUACGUCGCCCCAUCCAUGACGCCCACAUCCGGUUCACCUUCUUUCCGAGUGUACGACAUCGACCCCGUUACGUUCGGUGUGUUGGAUUACACCCAGUAUAUCGCCAACAUUAGCGACCCCGGCUUCCAAACAAAACCGAAUUGGGUUCCCUAUUAUACCGCCAAGAAGGACUACGGCUCUAAAAUCUCCGCUCGUCCCGACGACACCGCCGAACUCACCCCGGCCUUCUGGCACAAUGUGACCGUCGCCAUGGAAAAGGAUUCGUCAGUGUUCAAUGAAUUCUGGGCUAGACGCACACGCGGAUACAAUGUGCCCGCUUGCACGGGGGAUUGUGCGAAGAAUGAGAUUUGUGCGCUGCGCGGUGCGGAUGCGCAGUACAGCUGUGUGCAGCGGACACCGGGAUUCAGUUUCUCGAAGAGGGAUGGUAUCGACGAGGCGAAGGUGGAAGAGAUUUCGCCGUUGUUGACUAAGAGGUUCCAGCCGGAGUGUAACCAUGCUGGAAUGGCGCCGUUGCUGGCGAAGAUUGCGCAUAAGGCUAAUUUGGCGAAGAUGAACGGGGAGUGAGUGGAACGGAUGGGAUAGCGCUUGGCGAAGGGAUAAAUAAGCAUUUGGUUGCUAUCAGGAGUAAUUCCUCGCCAUAAUACAUAUACCUAAUCAUGCGAUAUUUCCUGUUGGUCGUUCAUGCUUUGCUACCUCCGGGUAGCUCUGGUAAUAUUGAACAUAUUAUACAGGGUAUGCUGAUCCCGCAUCCUGCGGUAAAAGACCAUGCUUAUCUAUCAUAGCCACCAAAUCGUCAUCUAUCAUGAACUCUCCCAGCUCCAUUCCAAACGGCGAAAGACUAUAAUUAGC